CUCGCCGACCGUCAGUCGAGUCCAGGAACGCCGCCAUGAAGGGUCUCGUCGCCGUCCUCGUGCUGAUUGGUGUUGCGGCGUGCGUGCGCGCGGACCCCGUGAAGGGCGAAAAGUGCCCCCGCGUGUGUCCGUUGAACCUCGCCCCCGUGUGCGGCGUGCAGUGGGGCGACCGCUUCCAGACCUUCUCCAACGACUGCGUGCGCCGCUCCCACAACUGCCAAACCAAGGAGACUUUCGAGUUCGUCUGCAACGGCACCUGCAUCUACGCCCCGGACGACCUGACCCCGAAGCCCCGGGCCGGGUACCUGCCCGCGUCCACCCUGUGCCGGCCAUGGGGCUAGCCGGGCCAGCCGGGCCAGCUGGAUAUCAAGUCGAAUAAAGUAUUUGUCGCGUCCGUCCGCCAGAACGCUCCUUUUUAUUCAUUGACCGUUCCUCGGCGCAGUAAAGACAAUCCCCGGCGCGCGCUGGCGGCGCUGGCGGUCACCGCGAGGAACGAGGACAAAUUCGGAAAACGGGCAGGACGCGCCGCGACGGCCGCGACCUCCCGCCAGGAAGGACAGGACGAGACAAAAAAAUAAAAAAAGAGAAAAGGCGGUCGCUAAACGAUGGCCACUUGGAGAGGCCGGCGCGGCCACCCGCACGGCCACCCGCGCGGAAACGUAAACAAGACCGAUUUCAUGAGCCCGGUGGCUUUGAUAAAUCGCGUGUUUAUGUAUCGCCCGAGGGAGGGGGAGGGGGGAGGAGCGCGGGAAACCUGAACGCGAGGAGCGGCCGGAGGGAGAUUACGCGAGCCGAAGGCCGAGAGCCGAAGGGCGCCCAAAGGCCGAAGGGAAAGUUUGCUGUUGUUUCCAUCGGUCCGCGAGAAGCAAGAAACAAGGCUCUACAUUUCAGAGACCCGUGAGUCAACAAACACGGAACGCACGGCACAGCGUCAACACGACAGUGUGUG